UUAAAUCUGUACUUACGAUACUGAAUUCUUCACUGUGAAAAAUAUAAUUUAUGUACGGGUUUAUAAAGAGCACUUGAAUGCAUCUCGAAAUCGCCCCUUUUCCAUUUCCCUGCCUGUGAUUGGUCGAGCUGCACGUCCAUCAAAAUAUCGCAAGCAGUCGGACUGAGAGGGAACAGGUUGAGAAGAGCAGGAGGCUUGUAUAUUCAAAUACUGUUGGUUGCAGAUUGUAACCGAACCUAACACGCAAACUGGAAGGGCUCAGCGCAGCGUGGGUGCCCAGGGAUCCACUGCCUGAGUGCGGGGAGAGCAGCACCCGUGCCCCCGGAGACAUGGACCACACCAAGGGCGGCCUGGUCAUCUUCACUGCCAACUCGCACCCCGCCAGCCGCGAACUGGGCAAGAGGAUCUCAGAGCGGUUAGGGGUGGAGCUUGGCAAGGUGCAGGUGUACCAGGAGGAUAACAGAGAAACGCGGGUGCAGGUCCAAGAGUCUGUGCGAGGCAAAGAUGUCUUUGUGAUCCAGACGGUGUCCAAGGACGUGAACACCACCAUCAUGGAGAUGCUGAUCCUGGUGUACGCGUGCAGGACGUCCUGCGCCAGGAGCAUCACGGGCGUCCUCCCCUACUUCCCCUACAGCAAGCAGUGCAAGAUGAGGAAGAGGGGCUCCAUCGUCUCCAAGCUCAUCGCCUCCAUGAUGUGUAAAGCUGGUCUCACCCACCUGAUCACCAUGGACCUCCAUCAGAAAGAGAUCCAAGGCUUCUUUAACAUCCCAGUGGACAAUCUGAGAGCCUCCCCCUUCCUGCUGCAGUACAUACAGGAAGAGAUCCCUGACUAUAGAAAUGCUGUGAUUGUGGCCAAAUCCCCAGCCUCUGCCAAAAGGGCUCAGUCGUUUGCCGAGCGGCUGCGUCUGGGCAUAGCGGUGAUCCACGGUGAAGCUCAGGACCCCGAGUCGGACCAGGUGGACGGCCGACACUCGCCACCCACCGUCAAGACCACCGGAGCCAUUCACCCCAGCAUGGAGAUCCCAUUGUUGAUCCCCAAAGAGAAGCCUCCCAUCACGGUGGUAGGAGACGUAGGAGGACGCAUCGCCAUCAUAGUGGAUGACAUCAUUGACGACGUCGACAGUUUCGUGGCAGCAGCGGAGACGCUGAAGGAAAGGGGGGCCUACAAGAUCUUCGUCAUGGCAACACACGGCAUCCUCUCCUUGGACGCCCCCAGGUUCAUAGAGGAGUCAGCCAUCGACGAGGUGGUGGUGACCAACACGAUUCCCCACGAGCUCCAGAAGCUCCAGUGUCCAAAGAUCAAGACCGUCGACAUCAGCAUGAUCCUGUCGGAGGCCAUCCGCCGCAUCCACAACGGGGAGUCCAUGUCCUACCUGUUCCACAACAUCGGAGUGGACGACUGAACGACCUGCUUCACACACACACACACACACACACACACACACACACACACACACACACACACACACACACACACACACACACACACACACACACACACACACACACACACACACACACACACACACACUAUUUGCCUUGUCAGGUCUCUUUAGAAACAUAGAGGUCAAACACUGAAAACGCUACAGUAUCCAUGUCCUGCUUGUAUCAUAUACAUAAAUGCUAACCUCUUUUUCUUUGAGUGCAGCUUUAAGGGGUAGUUUGGAUGUUUUGAAAAUGGGUUGUACGAGGUACUUAUACAUAGUGUAUUAGUCAGCGUAUUAGUUAUAGUAGAUGGCGGUUGGAGAGGCAGACAGGAGCAGAACUGCUGAGAGCAGGGGCGGCAGCAGCAAAAUGGAUUUUAGACACCUAAGAAAAUAUGUGUGUAUAUAUAUAUACCAGGUUAAGUGUAUGCUAUAUUUAGAAUAUAUUUACUGGUUUACCUUAGCGUUCUGAAGGGAAACUAGGGCCGUUAUCUACGCUCUCUUCAAAGCCACCAGACUCCUUUGAUGAGAUGUGAUUUUUACCUUGCAGAACACGAGUCGCCGGUAUACCGCUGCCUCAAUCAGUUAGUUUGUUUACGUUAAUGUGUGAAUUUGGUGAAUCCGUACCAACCCUUUAAAACGCCAAAGUCACACUAACAAAAACGAUCGAGGUAGUGGUUUAACUAUUAACUCCAGUGUUCUGCAAGGCAAAAUUGCUAUUUUUGUCAAAGGAGUCUAGUGGCCUUGAAGAGAGCAUAGAUAAGGGCUUAAGUUCCCUGUCAGAAAGGGCUGUCCGACGGCAGGCAAAAGCGGUAAAAAUGUUCUAAAUAUAGUGUACACUUAAACUGAAAUCGUUUCUUUUAGAUGCUAAAAUACGUUUAGCUGCUGCCCCCGUCCUCAUCAGUACAAAGCUUUGAUACUGUGCUGGUACUCCCGCCUGUUUCUCCAAACUGAUGGCGUUGCCGAACCACAUCGACUGUAGCUAACUCACUGACUGUGGAUAAGCCCACUUGGAAAAAAAUCUGAACUCUCCCUUUAACAGAUAAGAUGACUGAACACACACACACACACACACACACACACACACACACACAGACACACACACAGAUCUGUGCCCUCGAUGUACUACUGCCUGUCUCUCCCUCUGCUGCCCUCGUCAAACAGCACACACACUCACCUCAGUUUUUUUACUCUCAUCUCCAUCUUGUCUACAUUUCUCUCCAUAGAAGUGAAUGUUCCUCUUAGAACAGGAUAUUUUUAAGCAUUAACCCCCCCCCCUUACCCUUGCAGUAAAAUCUCCUUUUUACUGAUAGCAUCAGAUUGAGUGCCAGUGCCUUCUACAGGACAUACUCCCAACAACACUCAGGCCUUCACUACUAUACACAACUCGGCUAACAGAGCUAAUAAAUAAAGGCCCCUGUAUUGAAUCCAGGAAAGUACAGGUUCCCAGCUAAUUAGCAUGUGUAGAGUAUCAGAGUGCAUGUUUAACCCCUUUGUGUUUAUUUAUGUGGUGUCUGAAAUUGGCUACUAAUGUUAGUUUAGACUCCUACUAGCUGUCAGCGGUUGCCAUAGCACCGAGAUGCUGAUCUGGUGUCAAAUCUACUCAUUGCUAAACUGGAAUUAACGCAGGAAGUACGUCUCGGUCUGGUUAAUUGGGCGUUACAAACAUUUUAAAGGCGCGUCAUGAGUCAUCCAUUUAACAUUGUGUGCCAUCAUUUCAAUGCUUGCUCAUGUUUUAUAUUUGUUCAUUCCACAGAAGAGCCGUUGGGCCUCUGGCUGGAGGGCUCUGGGCAGUUUUACACUCCGGUUAAAAGUGGAAGGUCGUUCUUAAUUAUGAGUUAAGAUCAUCAUGGAUGAGACUGAAGUUUGCUCAGACACACCUGCAGUUAAAGCAGGAAGAGUAAAUCAAAACUUUUUUUUUUUUUUUUUUUUUCUGAUGAGCAUAACUUGACUGAAGCAGGUCUUUGUCACUUUACCAGAUGUGUUCCAAAAAAAAUGUUUUGUAUUUAUUUUCAGCACUUCUUAUGAAUAAAUGA